AUGAUGACUAAUCAGGGAUGCACAUGCAGAAUUAUGGUCACGGGAUAUGGGGCUUAUCUAAGCCUCUAUCUUAUCUCGAUAAGGAAGUUCGCGACUUCAGCUUCAUCUUUCGUAGCAAAAGCAUGCAACGAGACGCUUGAUUUCGCUGUUUAUCUUGGGAUAUACGGCCAUGUAAGUUGUGGUUUUGAAGAUAUAUAUACACUGCAUUUGUCCGGUAUGGCGUCCGAGGCGGAGAUCCAGCUCCCUGUCAUCGACAUAUCCAGUGCUACAGCUGAGGUGGGCAAGCAAGUCAUCGAUGCUGCCAGGCAGUAUGGCUUCCUCUACAUUGAUACAGCCAGCAGCUGUUUCUCCAAGGAGGAGAUAGAUUCCACAUUUAAAAUGGUAUCUAAUCAUUCUUUCUAUAUUCCAGGGGAACCAAACAUCUAUGUUCAAACUAACCCCACACAGGCACAAGAAUUCUUCGCCUCCCCUAUCGAGGAGAAAAAGGAGGUAGAGAUCAGGUCAGAUGGCCAGAACAUGGGUUGGACAGCCAUGCACAAAGAGACCCUGGACCCUGAACACCAGCAGGUAGACGACCACGCUUUUCCAUCGCAAUCUGAACUAGUUAAAGCUAACACACAUCAACGCCAGAGGGGAGAUUUUAAAGAAGCAAUCAACUUUGGCGAGUUCAAAAACAACAAAGCCAGCCAACCGCUGCCUAAGUCCCUUGUCUCUCACGAAGAUGAUUUGAACCGCUUCACUUCCCUAUGCCAGAAGACAUGCGCUCGCAUCCUCACCCUUCUGGCUUUGGGUCUAGAUCAUGGGGUUGACGUACGGGCCGGCGCACAUUCAGAUUACGGGAGUAUCACGCUCUUGUUCCAGCGAGAUGGGCAGCCAGGGUUGGAAAUUCUUACGCCGGCUGGGACGUGGGCGGGUGUGCCUGUUCGUCCGGCUGGGGUGUCGACUUCGGCUUCGCUUGCGCCGCCGAUACUGGUUAAUAUCGGUGAUUUACUUAGCUAUUGGACUCGUGGGGUGUUGAAGUCUACUGUGCAUAGGGUUGUUUUUGCGAAAGGCGAGGAAGAGGAGAGCGAGGGGAGGGAUAGGUAUAGUAUUGUGUACUUCUGCCAUCCGUGCCAUGAUACGGAGCUGGUUGCUGUGCCUAGUAGCAUUGUUGAAGGGGUGGGUAAAGGUGAAGGUGAGGGUGAGGGCACGCGGAUGGGAGGAGAUAAAGUGGUUACUGCUGGAGAGCAUUUGGCGAGCAGGCUUGCAGCUACGUAUGGCCUGGUUGAGGUGACUGGUGAUAGUAGAAGCAAAGAGAUAUAUGCAGACGAACAAAACUAUAACGGUGGAAAAGAAGAGAGAAAGAAAUAUCCUAUUGACCUCCCCCCUUUCCCACCCACACCCAGCCUGACCAAUGGAGCCAAUUAG